GAUUACGUGCCAAAAGCCUCGACAUAUGACGAAACAGAAACUACUUCCGGUCUCCAGUGCGUUUCAGCGAGUCAAGAUCACACACCACCGGUGCAGUCCUUUGCCAGAGUAGUUCCUAACGAACUAUCACAAGGAAGUUAUUCAAGAUGACAGACGCUGAUAAUUAUAAUGAAUCCAAGUUCAUGCGGAAAGCGAAGGAGAAUCCAUUUGUCCCAGUUGGAAUGGCUGGGUUCUUUGCCAUAGUCGGGUACAGACUUUAUAAAAUGAAAAGUCGCGGGGAUACCAAGAUGUCCGUGCACCUGAUCCACAUGCGCGUAAUGGCCCAGGGCUUCGUGGUGGGAGCCAUGACUAUCGGUGUCAUUUACUCGAUGUACAGAGAUUUUGUGGUGAAGCCCAGAGAAGCACAAAAAGCCCUGGAACCCAAGUGAACUCUUCUAAUAUUUAUUGUUUUUAUUUUCCCUUUAAUAUUACCUCAUAUAAAGGUGUUUGACACUGUUUAUUUUUUAUAGACAUCAUACAUUGUAUAUGCACCUUCCGCAGCUCACCUCUGCUGUAAAUAGUCAUGCUAUACCAUUAUCUAUGGAAUUGAUAGUGGUUCCUAUCAAUCACAGCCUAUAUUAUAAGAUACAAUAUAAGAUAUCCCCUCAGUAUUCAGAAACAGCUUUUGGAAAAUUGAUCAUGAAGGCUGCCUGAGGAUGACAUCCGAAAGUAGAAUGUGUUAUUUGAUAUUCACAAGCAAUUUGGAAAGUUGUUUAAUGCCACUACCUGUGAAUAUGUAACUACAUGAUCAGAUGUUCUUUAUGACAUGACUGCAUUUUGCACGUAGUCUGAUUCACAUUUAUUAUUUCAUUGUCUCACCAGCCGUCGAUGAGCAGUAUCCUGGCAAAGUAAUAUAUUUAUUGUUGAUGUAUUUUUUUUUUUUGCCAAACUAAACACGGUUGAACAUUUGUGCUUUGACAAUUUUUUUGUGAUCGCAGUGACAGUUGAGUCUCCUAAAUUAAACCUUGGCUGAAGGUACGAAACUCAAAAUACCAAACAAAUCAUUGACAUAUUUUUUUCCUUUUGGAAUAUUUGGAAUAUUUAGUUUCAGAGUCAAAAUAAACAGACUUGUGGAUCAUUAUCAAUUGUUACCUCUUUUUAACACUUUUUCUUUUUUACAUUUUCUUCAAAAAGGCAUCAGGUGGGUCCAAUUUGUAUGUGUAAAUUCCACACUCUUUCAUUCAGUUUAUCUCCAAUAAUAUCAAAGCUUACAGAAUCCUCUGGAUUUAAUUUUCAGUUUGAAUAGUGAAUAAUUGUGUUUGCGUUGAUUUGUAAAGGUUCACAUUUUAUUUCUCCUAAUGUUUCAACUAAUAAAGAUCUCCAAUCUCA